AGAGCAAGAGUUCAAUCGUGAAAAAUUCAUAGCAUUUGACACUUCCCCAAAUUUGACCAUUUGUGGCAAUGUACGUAGAGAGCAAGAGAUGGAUCUUGAAAACCUGGUAGUGGUGGUUGAGGACACCACGACAUAUUUGAGCAAUGCUGACGAAGUAGACAGAGAGCAAGAGCUCAAUGGUGAGAUUCUCAUAGUGGAGGAUACUGCCCCAAAGUCGAGCUCUUAUGAUGAUGAUUUAACAAAGAAAAAUGUCAUGUUAGGAGAGGAAAACACUGAAUUGAAGAUGAAAAUAGGCCAAGUAAUGGAGGAAAAUGAACUACUUCGUAGGCAGAAUACCCAAUUUCAAGAGCAGAACUCCGAUUUGAAGAAAGAGCUGGACUUGUUGAGAGAAGAAAGCAGAAUUUUAAGGAUGUCAAUAAGUACAUUUUUGGACCGAAUGGAUAGACAUGUUUUGGAUUUUGAAACUAAUUCAACUGAGUAAACAUGCUAUCCUUGAAUUUCAUCCUAAUCUUACCUAGCUGCUUAUAGCGCUAGAGCUCUGCACCCAAACAACCCCAAACUUCAGACCUUGCUGCAGCCGCUACAUUGAUCAAUCCCAG